CCACCGCCAGAAACGCCGAACUUCGAUCUCCUAUAGCUGUUGCAUCUGCCCCCUUUGAAGAAACCACUCACUAUACGCAUUCUCUCCGCCGGCAACACGCCCCACCGGCGGCGCCGUCUCUCAACCCAUUCGCUAGCCCAUCCUGUCCGUCAUCAUCGAAUCGACGUGCUCAGCUCAGCAUGGCCUCGUCUUCAGCCGCCGUGGCGCAGCCCGUGGUGCCCCUACAUUCCAGCGACAAUGCAGCCCUGGACAUCCGUCACCCCACCCCCGAUCUACAAUCCCUCCAGGGAGCCUACGUGGGAAACAUCGAACGCCUGGAGGAGCACGCCGAAAAGAUGAGCGAGGCCGGUUCCGACUUGGGUGAGGAGAUCAGGAAGCUGCAGCUCGAGCAGAAGCUCUCGGACAGCCGCCGUGCCUCGAUGCACUCGUUAUCGCUCUCCAUACCCCCCAACAACUCAACAACACCGACCGAAGAACCCCUGCGUCAGUUCACCACCCGGAGCCGAAACGCAUCUACCAGCUCCUAUACCAACUCCAUCGUGGAUGUUGUAGGCCAGGCCCGGUGGGGGGGUUACUCUCCCGCUGGCUAUGUAACCUCCCCUGCUGGAUCACUCCGAUCCGGCUCCCUCACUCAAGCUCCGCCAUCGCAGUUACAACUUCAACGUCAGAGAUCCAGCUCGAAAGCGUCCCGCCUGGGCCAGAUUGUGCAGACAGAAGAGGAAGAAGACUAUUCGGCUCGGGCAGCUCAACAGCAGCAAGACCAACAGCCACUAUCACCGCAAGCUAGCCACCGCUCUGUGUCUUCUUUCACGCAAAAGUAUGACCGAAUCACAAAUGAGAUACAAAACGAACUACGGCAGAGCGUCAUUAUGGAAGACCAUCGUCAGGGUCCAGAGGAGCAGCCCCACGACCAGAUGUCUUUCGAGUAUAACCCUUAUGCAGAAAUCCCUCACGAACGCCCUGCAACAGCUGGUUCUGUCGAUACCACUCACAAGUUGGGGAGCUUAUGGCAGGACUUUGACGGUGCUCAUGCUCCAGAGACAGUCCCGGAAGAGCCCGAGUUUGUACAAGGUCGGGACAGUAGAGCUUCAUCUUUUAUGAAUCCACCAGAAUCAGACUCGCACGGCGUACCUCCGCCCGACGAUGGAAUGGUGUUUUACCCUGCGCCUGUUCCAAGGAUGUUGAACCUCCCACAGCGUCUUUCCAAACUUCCCGCUGCCAACACCCAGGCUCGCCGCCGGACUCAAGUGCUCGAAUCGAUGCAGGCAGACAACAGAAAGUCUGGAGCUUGGCCAGCCGAACCGGUAGAGGCGCCCAAACCCAACCGGAAAAGCAGACAGAGUCUUGCUGGCCUACCCCCUCAAUUACGUGCCAGUGCUUUCUUUGACCAACCUGCACCUCCCCAGGAAUUUGAAGUCAAGGGUGAAUCUGCCGAAGACACUUUGAACAACAUUUUGGAAGCUGCUGCACAUGCCCCUGUUUCUGCGUUUACCGACCAUCCUUUUGCCGGGCACGUGGGCGAUGAAGUAUAUGGCAGAGAACAUAAGCGAAAGUCGAAAGCCAACAUAAUUGAGAAAGUGGAGACUGAACAGGCCGAGAAUAGAAAAAGCCGGCGAACAUCGUUCAAUCUGCUCGAUACUCGUCGUAAUUCCAAUGGCGAGCUCCUAAACAAGCUGAAGAAACGCAACAGUUCCGCCGACCUGAACAUGUUGACAGUCCGUGCUAAUGAAAGCCGAAUGAGUCUCGGCGAUGAUCUCGACAGCCCGGAUCCCAAUGCCAGGGGUCCUGAAAAUCCUCAGGAUGAUACGCACAGAGCAUACUCUUUUGAAAAUGCAGAUGAGGGCGCUGUAGAGGACCCUGAAGAAGAUGAAGAAGAGGGAGAGGAAGAUGGGGAAGAGGAAGACGAAAUGGCUUUCGGUCCGCCAACAACUCUGCUUGCUGAACUCCAGAUGCGUAAAGCCCAGCAAAAGAGUCGGAAUUUGACCGCUGCUACUGCGUUCCCCAAUGGCAUGCAUUCGACCUUGCUACAGCUGGAUGCUGUUGCUGAGAUAGAAAACAAGAAACGGAAGCAAAAGAAAGUUAAUCUCGCCUGGGAAGCCCAGCUUGCCCAAGAUGACGACGAAGAUCCAGAAGAUGAUGUGCCAUUGGGUGUUCUCUUUCCUGGGCGGGAUGGUUUGGUCAACAGGAAAGGGGCUCCUGCACAGCAAGUCUCAGACUGGGAUCGCCCUCUGGGAUUGAUAGCACAGCGUGAGAUGGAGGAGAACGAACCCCUUAGUAGGAGGCGGACUCGUUUGUUUGGCGACAGCAACCGAAUGACCGGCGAUCUCAGUCCUUCGAAACGACAGACACAAUUCCAUGGAUCUCAUCUCAAUGUGCCUACUACCGCUACUCCACCGCAAGCAGAAUCCGAGGAGGAUGAAGGAGAAACACUCGCUCAGCGGAUGCGUCGCAUGAAGGGCAAACAGGCACUGGACGAAGCAAUCGUCGAUGUACGGAAGAGUACUGUCAGCGGAGAUUUUGCUGCCGAGAUGAUGAGUCAAUUCGGAGUGGAGGAAGAGAAGCCAAAACCAACCUCAUCUCCCGCAAACGUCGGUGCAGAAGAGGAGGAAACCCUUGGGCAACGUCGCGCACGACUCCAAGCCGAAGCACUAGCCCGAGGCGACGCGAACCCUCUCGGCAAUCGUCCCCCAUUGCGAGCGUCCAUGUCCAUGGCCGACGUCCUAGGCGCGCAUCCCGUAAACCCUCACAACCAGGUCCGAACAGUUUCCGAUGAAGCUCUUUUAGCCGCCCUCCCCCAGGGCAGUCUCCUUCGCCAGAACGCUGAAAAGCAAGAAAAGCAUCGCGCUAGCCGUCUCGACGUCAACCGACGCAUCUCAGGCUUCGGAAGCUUGGAUCAACCGCUUCUCGGCAGUGGCGUGGGCGUCAGCAAAACGACUGAAGACCAAGCCAUCGCCGCAAAGAUCCAGGCCUACAAAGACAAGCUAUCCGGUGGCGUUGGAGCCACCACACCCAUGACCGCACCACCUGGCAUGUACAAUCAACCCAAUCCCAGCAUGCCUGGUCUUCAAAGCAUGCCUGGCGACCGCAACUCGUUCUUCCCAGGGUCGAAUAUGGGUAUGAUGGGUAUGAGCAACAUGAACAUGUCGAUGCCUAUGCUAGCACCGCAAAUGAACCCCAUGGGCAUGCAAGUUCCCAUGAACCAGAUGAACAUGGGAAUGGGCAUGGGCGGGAUGGGUAUGCAAGGGAUGAUGUACCCGCCCAAUGGCCCCGCGGGGAUGCGCGCCCCGUCCAUGAUGAUGCCGCCGCAGAUGCAGUUUGGUGGUCUCGGACUCCAGCAGCAGGGCCAGGCCAUGAUGAUGGAACCCCCCAUGGAUCCGAGACAGCGGGCCGCUAUUGAUCGAUGGAGGGAGAGCGUCAUGCACUGA